UCGACACGGAACCAAGUGAACUUGAAGAAAGUGUUUCUGGUGUUUUCCUUUUAUUUAUCUUUUUGCUACAUUCGAUCGAAAAUCAAAAUAAAAAAAUUUAUUUCGCAAAAUAUUCAAAAUUCAAAAAUGUUCAAAUUAACGAUCGCUUUAGUGAUAUCAUUAGCUCUACUUGUGUCAUUUACAAGUGCUGAGAAUAGUAACAGCACAGAAGAAGAACGCAGUUUGAUUGAACAAAAUGAGGAUAAUUCCAAUUCAACGGAUGUCGGAACAAGCAGAAUCAGGCAUCAUCACUUACUCCCAUUCUAUGGUGGAUCAGCGCUGCUCGGUUUCGGUGGAUUGCAUGCUUUGGCAGUACUAUAUGCAAUUAAAGUGAAGAUUAUCGUCGUUGCUGUCGUCAUCGCUCUGUCCAUAUACUACUACUCGAAGAUCUAUUUGGCGAAAAGCUGCCUUCAUUCAGAAGUCAUCCGAGAUACGAAUCCGUAUGAAAGUUUCUCUAGUCACGGUCCAAGUGGAUAUUCAAAUUCAUUGCCAUCGGACUUCAGUUAUUCCGGUCCCGAUCCAUACAGUGCUUAUGCUCACAUUCAUCCGGACAUUACAUCGAUUGAUCAUCUACAUCAUCAUGCCACCGGAUUUGAUGACGUUCAUCCAUCGUCAUUCGAACACGACCACCAUGAACAUGAAUCCAUUCCGGACAGUUAUCCAGCUGGCUCUGAACCAGGCGUGAGCACAUCUCAAAAUGCACAAAGUACAGCUGCAGCUGCGGCAGCAAAUGCAGCAGCAGCAGAACAAACAAAAAUGACCCGACGAAUUUACGAUCAAAUGAGACAAUUCGGGAAUCCAAUGUUUGAUAAUAUUAAUUGGGCGGAAAUAGCUUUUCAAUUUUUAGGAGUCGAUUCGGAUGGCUGCCGGCGUAGAUUUACAUGUGAACUAGACUUUAGAAUGAAGGGAAGUCCAUUCACCAAAUUUGUGUUCAGCAUGGUUAGUCCCAAAUAUUUUAACAAAUAUCGAGAUUUAUCCAGAGAUGCCACCAAACCAACAUCGUUCUCCGACUGUGCUCGCAUUCAUCGUGAGUGUAAAGAAGCGGAGAAAUAUGAUCAACCGGAGGAAGACAUUGAAGAAGUGACUGAGCCAGCUGAAAAUGGAUUGAACGAAGAAAGUGACCGACAGAUGCACGAACCACUAGGACGUCUAAUAAUAAGAAGGUCUGAACAGCAGUAGAAUCUUCGUGUAGGAACAUUAGCUUUAGGAUUUUAAUUUAUUUUGGGUUUAUUGAAUGUAUUUAUUUUUUGAAUGUAUCAGAUUGUGUUUGGGUAAUUAUACAAGUACACGACAACAACUUAUGUGGUUCGACUAUUAUUAUUUACUGCAGUCAGAUGGGAGCAACAAAAUAAAUGUGGUCUGCUCUAUUGUAUGUACCUUUUAGUGUAAAAAUUGAAUGCAAAGAUCUAUUAAAAGAACCAAAAACCGGUUUGAACCUCAGUUUAGAGGCGUGUACAGUGUUCA